CAAUUAUCGUCACUCGACACGAUAGGGGUCCAAGUCAUUUUGGCCCUCAGACCGGAAACGGUCAGUUUCACAGAGUCCCAGCAGCCUUGUCUCCUUAUUUCGUGUACUGCUACGAAGCGUAAGUCGACAACUGUUACAUAUGCCUGCGUACCCGAGCACAUCAACUGGGUAAGGUACCUCAAGGAAACAGCACGUACCAGCCGACGUCCCGAGUCUUGGUUGGGGCUUUGGGGGUUUAGUUCAAACUUCGCUCCCAUUUUAUUGAUCAUCAACCACUUCACCUCACGUCCAACGGUGAACAAGAGAACAGGAGAUCCGCAACAUCUCAGGGGCUUAUCCAAUAGCCUUUUUUUUUUGUUGCUUUUUUUCUGAGUCGUCCGUCUGCUUGUUGAACGUCCCGCUUGCGCCGGCGUUCUCUAAUCGCUUGUUCGGCCUCUUGUCCUCUUCUCACCCGGCCGUGUACUCUGACUCAAGAACCGUCUUGACCAACCCGGCCGCCCCCAUCGCCAUCACUGUUGUGACUUUUCUCUUCCCGAAAUCCCUACCCCGGACUACCCCGGAUCUCCCUUGCCUCUGUUGGGCUGUCUCGACCCACGCCCGCGCUGUGAGGACCGUGGAGUUCUGUUGCCGACCUCGACGGAGCUUCGCCGAGGUUAUCACUGUUGGUUGGGAUACAACGCCCGUCGUCCGCGACUUUGAUAAUCGUUCAAGAGAUCCUCCAUUGCUUCAGUCGCACACGGCCUUCAGUCCCACCGGUCCCUUAAGAGUUGAGGCCCCGGGGACUCCCCGCCAAUUCCCCGCAACCCAGCACCCUGGUACAGAACCCAUCGGCCAGACGAUAUCAGGCGUCACAAUUCCGUGUCGAGGCUUGCUUGCUGUCACAGUUGCAGUCCUUGCCAGAACCAUUACCACGGCUUGUACUUGGCAGCUCACCAAGGUACUCCCCGGCAGAUGAACAGUUCGGAUGUUCAAAUGAUGUCCUCUCAAGAUGCGCCAGGCUCAGCCGGACUCGCCCCCGACAACAUCGCCUCUUCGUUACCUUCCAAGAAGAAGUCUAGGCGGGGCGCUGACCCUACCAACCAAAAGCGACGAUGUGUGAGCACGGCCUGCAUCGCCUGUCGGAGGAGGAAGUCCAAGUGUGACGGCGCCCUUCCGAGCUGCGCGGCCUGUGCCAGUGUCUACGGCACCGAGUGCAUCUAUGACCCAAAUUCAGAUCACCGCCGAAAAGGCGUCUACCGGGAGAAGAACGAUAGCAUGAAAGCCCAGAACGCCACACUGCAGAUCCUAAUAGAGGCCAUUUUGAAUGCUUCCGAGGAAGAUGUGAUCGACAUUGUGAGGAGGAUUCGCACCUGUGACGACCUUGACGAAGUAGCCGAGUCCAUCCGCAGGGAUGAGAAGAACGCAACAGCAACCAACGACAACGAUGACAGCGAUGAACCCACCCAACCUGGCAGAGAUGACGCUACCAGUCAGGCCGUUGAGGGUGAGAGGGACUUGGCCCGUAAGAUGGGAGAGCUCCGGAUCGAAAAUGGUUCUGUUCGUUUUAUUGGCGGUACCUCGCACCUCAUAUAUCUCAGUGAACCGACAGAUGCCUCUGAAGAACCGGAGCUUGAAACCCGCCUGUCGACCUGCGAUGAGAAUCCAAUCACCACCUGGACAGAGGUGACCAAGAAUCCUCAACUAAUCAUCCAUCUCGUCAACAUGUAUUUCAACUGGCACUAUCCUUACUUCACCACGCUGUCUAGAAGCUUGUUUUAUCGGGAUUUCAUCAAGGGAAAGCCGGCUGGCCAACCACGCUCCACUGUUUACUGUUCGUCGCUGCUGGUCAAUGCCAUGCUCGCGCUUGGCUGUCACUUCACAAGUGUGGACGGUGCCUUUGCGGUACCUGGGGACAGCAGGACCAAGGGUGAUCACUUCUUCGCCGAGGCCAAGAGACUGAUUGUUCAGAACGACGAGUACGAAAAACCAAGGCUCACUACCGUGCAAGCUCUGGCGCUUAUGUCAGUGCGAGAAGCAGGCUGCGGACGGGAAGCGAAAGGCUGGGUAUACAGCGGCAUGAGCUUCAGAAUGGCUCAAGACAUUGGCCUGAAUCUAGACAUUGGAUCGCUGGACGAAAAGGAGGUGGAUGCCCGGAGAAUCACCUUUUGGGGUUGCUUUGUGUUUGACAAGUGCUGGUCAAACUAUCUCGGGCGGCUACCACAGCUUCCCAAAAACACCUAUAACGUUCCGAAGUAUGAUGUGUUUCCAGACGAAGAUGCUGAACUGUGGUCUCCUUAUACCGACGCAGGCUUCGACCAGUCUUGCAAGCAGCCAUCUCGGACACGGGCUAUAGGCUUACAGUUGUCGAAACUCUGCGAGAUCAGUAGUGAUCUUUUACUCUUCUUCUACCACCCCAGUCAUAUUGGAAGAUCGAGCGGCAAGUCAGCUGAGCUCAAAAAGCUUAGCGAACUUCAUCGGCGUCUGGAAGACUGGAGAACGGAGCUACCAAAGGAAUUCGAACCCAAGGAUGGCCAGUUACCCAAUGUCAUUCUAAUGCACAUGUUUUAUCAUCUACAGUAUAUCCAUCUAUUCCGACCCUUCCUAAAGUACACAAAGGAAGCUUCGCCCCUGGAGAAGGUCCAGCCCCGAAGAAUAUGCACAACUAACGCCAAUAGCAUAUCCAAACUUAUGCGACUUUACAAAAAGCUAUAUAACCUCCGGCAAAUAUGUAACAUUGCCGUAUACAUGCUGCAUUCUGCGUGCACAAUACACAUGCUCAAUUUGCCCGAGAAAACUGCCAGACGGGAUAUAACCCACGGCGUUAGACAGUUGGAGGAAAUGGCUGAAGACUGGCCUUGUGCGCGGAGAACAUUAGGUAUCAUCAGCGUUCUAGCUCGGAAGUGGAAUGUGGAACUACCCGAGGAGGCCGCCAUUGUCUUGAAGAGGACAGACGAAAAGUACGGAAUGUUUAGCACUUCCGAGGUCCCCUCACCCAACAGGACGGCCCCUUCUCUCGCUCCAUCCUCGCCUGCACCUCCUUACACCCCAGAAGCGUCUCUGCUUUUUUCUACAACAGCCGCCGCAGUACUCGAACAACAACCGUACAGUCCAAUGACACUAUAUAGCCACCCAACUCCUCCGCAUCUUGGUCCGGAGAGUAUAUCUGAUCCCGGAAUGUCGCCUAAUAUAGUCACCUUCUCCGACCUGCCUGAUCCGUCCGCUCCCAUCAUCCCCCAGCAACAGCAGAACAUGCAGGCUAUAUCUAGCUUAAGCCAAAACAAUAUGCUUCACCAACACCACCACCACCUACAAAACCAACAUCAACCUCAACAGCCACACCAUAACCACAUGACCUACCAGCAGCAACAACAUAACCUGCUCACCCACCCGGUGAGCGCCUCAUCAAUGUCCAUGAGCGACACUCUCGCCACCAUUACGGCAUGGGGUAUACCAACCUCUUCACCCGGCAACAACAAUAACAAUAACAUCGUAUCCCAACAUCCGCAUCAUCAAAAGCAGCCACAACAGCAACAACAACCACAAGCACAACGAUAUCCCACAGUUGGAUCAGUCGGCACAAACACCGUGAAACCUCCAGCAGCUGCCACGCAGACCUUUACUCCAGCCCAGUUACACGCGAAUAACUUGGCGACUGCAACGAGAUCAACAGCUUCCAACCACAAGAGCGUUGGCCGACACGUAAGCCCCAGCUCGAUCUACGCCAUUGAUGGACAGGAUUGGUACCUGAAGGAUGGCGUCACCUGGCAACAGGGCUUUCAGGGGUGGGAUCUGGAGGGCGGUGGAGCAGGCACAGCUACAAGCACUGGUGGUAUUGGGGAUGGGGGUGGACCUACUGGUGGUGCUGGUGAUAGCAUGGCGAGGCUAGCUCCUCGAGGGAAUAUUGGCGGCGGCGGCGGCGGCGGCGGCGGUAGUACAGGACAGCGACAGCAACAGCAACAGCGACAGCAACAGCAACAGCAACAGCAACAGCAACAGCAACAGCAACAGCAACAGCAACAGCAACAGCAACAGCAACAGCAGCAAGAGGCUAAUAUGUUUGCGUAUCAUCAUGGGGCAGAGAGAGGGGGGGGUGGUAUAGAAUCAACGGGCAUGGGAAUGACGACGGUAGGAGGUGGAGGAGGAGGGUUCGAUCCAAUAGGAGGAUCUGGGCUAUUGGAUGAUUUGGUGGGUCUGGAUGAAUUGGGCAGCUUGGACGGCUUGGGACAUCUCCCAGGUCUAGAUUGAGUUUGGGUUUCUCUCAUGUGAUUUGAAUUGUAGGACACGGGAUUUGGAAAAGGAAAUGGAUGGGUAGAGGGGGAAUUCGGACAUACAUAUAUAUACCCAUGGUUGAGAGAAUAAAUGC